AUGUUAUUUACCAUCCCGCCCGAGCUCCUACUCCGGGUCCUUGAGCUAGUUCUAGACCAGAGUCCUCGAGAUCCCAUUCCACUCCUUCUGGUCAACUCUCAAUUCCAUAGGUUUUGUCUGCUUCUUCUCCAUGCUGAACUACGCUUCACAUCAAUUCGUCAGCUCGACUUAUUCCUCAAGACUUGCCAUACUCUUGUCAUCCGCCCCCGAGAACUGCAUAUUACAUUAGCUGGUGGGACAGCCGAUUUUCGGCUUUUCAAACUCUUUCGCGACGUCCUUAUCAGAAUAUCGACUAUUGCUACAAAGUCCCUGGUAGAACAAGAAGUCGAACGAAAAGACCAUUUACAGCCAGCAUUACCCUCCAAGCGUGUACUGAGGCUGAGGCGUAUACAGUUGUGCCUGAACUCGCAUGUUGUUGAUGCAAACUGUCCGUUGUUGUCUGAAGCUGUUGCUCUGACAAAAAUUUUGGAAAGCCCAGAAGAGUUCAUAUGGACCGGCCCAGACCCAGCGCAUCAUUUCUCCCUCGCAAUUGUCCCAAUCGCUGCAAUGUAUCUUUUCAAGACGAUGCACGGGUGGUCGAAUCUUCGACACCUUAAACUAACCAAUCUAGCAUUCCCUCAGCAUUUGCAAGAGGCCCCUAAAUACCCGCUAGCUGAAGCACUAGGUGUAUCCAUUGUUAAGGGGAGUUUUGGGCGAACAGUGGCUUCCGAAGAUACGGAUACGUCGAAUAUGAAGAACGUCACGACCCCGUCCAUGCCCUAUCUCCAGUCAAUCUAUCUCGGACAAGUCACUUUUCUAAAACCAUCUGAGGUCGUUCUGAUUGCCUGCUCAUCCGAACUUACUUCCCUCACGUCUCUACGUGUUAUCGACGCAUACCAAGAAAGCAUAUGGGGACCGCGCGUUAGGAUUGCUGACGUCGAAAGGGCUUUAAUGUCCCUAUUCCAAAUGCCAGAUCAAGGCCGCAAUUCUGACAGUUUCGAUGUGCAUCACGUCAAUUACAGGAAAUACAUUGAGCGUGUGAGGAUGAUUGUCUUUUGCGGGUCAUUGACGGAACGACUAAUGGGAGGAGACCGGAUGGAUAUCGAUGCUUAUUAG